GCUGCCGUCUCCGCCUAUCUGUCUCUGUUUGCUAAGGUGGGAUUGGUACAGGGGAAAGUGGGUGCUAUGGAUAAAUGCAGUCCCUAACAUUUGCAAAAUAUCGCACCUAACAGGACAGCAGCUCUGUUAAAAACCGCAACCAUGUUCGGCCGGUCACGGAGCUGGGUUGGAGGACAAGGAAAACCCAAAAACAUCCACUCCUUGGACCAUUUGAAGUACAUGUACCAUAUUCUCACCAAAAACACAACUGUGACGGAUCACAACCGAAACCUGCUGGUGGAGACCAUUCGCUCCAUCACAGAGAUCCUCAUUUGGGGGGAUCAGAAUGACAGCUCUGUGUUUGACUUUUUCCUGGAGAAGAACAUGUUUGUCUUCUUCUUGAACAUCCUGCGUCAGAAGUCUGGUCGCUACGUCUGUGUCCAGCUCCUUCAGACCCUCAACAUAUUGUUUGAAAACAUCAGCCAUGAGACUUCCCUAUACUAUCUGUUGUCAAACAACCACGUCAACUCCAUCAUUGUCCACAAGUUUGAUUUCUCAGACGAAGAGAUCAUGGCGUACUAUAUUUCCUUCCUCAAGACCCUGUCUCUGAAGCUGAACAACCACACUGUGCACUUCUUCUACAAUGAGCACACUAACGACUUUGCCCUGUACACCGAAGCCAUUAAGUUUUUCAACCACCCAGAAAGCAUGGUUCGCAUCGCCGUUCGCACCAUUACACUCAACGUCUACAAAGUUUCAUUGGACAACCAGCACAUGCUGCACUACAUUCGAGAUAAGACUGCGGUCCCAUAUUUCAGUAACCUGGUCUGGUUUAUCGGCAGCCAUGUCAUCGAACUGGACAAGUGUGUGCAGACAGACGAAGAGCAUAAGAACAGAGGAAAGUUAAGUGACUUGGUAGCAGAGCACCUUGACCAUCUCCACUACCUGAACGACAUCCUCAUCAUCAACUGUGAAUUCCUGAACGACGUGCUCACCGACCACCUCCUCAACCGUCUCUUCCUGCCGCUCUAUGUCUACUCUUUGGUCAGUCCUGAGACGUCUGAAGAGCGGAAGAUUAAUCCCCAGGUGUCCCUCUACCUGCUGUCUCAAGUUUUUCUAAUCAUCCACUAUCAGCCUCUGGUCAACGCCCUUGCAGACGUUAUUCUCAACGGAGACCUCUCUGUGUUCAUUUGCCAGCCAGACGUACACAGCACACACAAGAACACGCAUGCCAGUGCGGGAGGUCUACGUCGCUUCAUCAAACCCCCAGAGUCUCUGGAGCGAUCCCUGGAAAUGUCUCGCCACCGAGGCCGCAAGAGAACUCAGAAAAGACCGAAUUACAAAAACCUGGGCGAGGAGGACGAAGAAAGAGCGGGGGCAGGCAGCGGCGGAGGAGAACUGGAGGAGGGGUGGGAUGACGACAGCAGCAGAGAGAGGGAGAAGGGAAAAGGUACAGAGGGAUUAGGAGGAGGAGGAAGUGGGAGCUCUAAGGCAGGCAGAGCGAGUGGGGAGAUGGCGGAAGAAAUUGAAAUGGUUGUGAUGGAGAAGGGUAAAGCGUCAGAACUGACUGAACAGAACAUCACUGAUGAGGAGAAGACCGCUGCCGCCACUCGAACACACACACAAAGGAGCAGACCGUUCCUGGACAUGGUGUACAGCGCCCUCGACUGCACCAAUGAUGACUACCACGCCCUGUUUGUGCUCUGUCUGCUUUACGCCAUCUCACACAGCAAAGGUGUAAACCGUGAUCUUCUGGAGCGUCUGCAGCUGCCGGUUCCCGACCAGGAGAGACGGUCUUACAGCAUGGUGCUUGUGGAAAGACUGAUCAGAAUUACGAGCCAGGCAGCGCUGCCAGACGGCAAAGUGCGCCUUGCUACCCUUGAGCUGAGCUGCCUUCUGUUGAAGCAGUCCGUUUUGUCGGGAAGCCACUGUUUAAUCAAAGACGUUCAUCUAGCCUGCCUCGAGGGAGCCAGAGAAGAAAGUCUGCAUUUUCUGCGAACGUUCUACAAGGGGGAAGAAAUCUUUCUGGACAUGUUUGAAGACGAAUACAGAAGCAUGACGAGCAAACCCCUGAAUGUGGAGUAUCUAAUGAUGGAUGCCUCAAUACUGCUGCCACCCACUGGCACCCCUCUGACUGGUAUCGACUUUGUAAAGAGACGACCUUGUGGAGACGUAGAGAAGACCCGCAAGGCUAUUCGAGUGUUCUUCAUGUUGCGGUCAUUGUCACUUCAGCUUCAGGGAGAACCUGAGACUCAGCUCCCUUUGACCAGACCUGAAGACCUAAUCAAGACAGACGAUGUCUUAGACCUCAAUAACAGUGACUUAAUAGCAUGUAUGGUGGUCAGCAAAGAUGGCAGCCAAGCCCAGAGGUUCCUCGCUGUGGAUGUGUACCAGAUGAGUCUCGUUGAACCAGAAACCAAACGUCUUGGUUGGGGGGUAGUCAAGUUUGCCGGCCUGUUGCAGGACAUGCAGGUGUCUGGUGUGGAGGAUGACAGCAGAGCUCUGAAUAUUGUCAUUCAUAAACCCAGCUCCAACCCUCACGCCAAGCCCCUACCAAUCCUGCAGGCCAACUUCAUCUUCGCCGAUCACAUCCGCUGCAUCAUUGCCAAGCAGAGGCUGGCCAAGGGGCGCAUUCAGGCCCGACGCAUGAAGAUGCAAAGGAUUGCAGCUCUGUUGGACCUGCCGGUGCAGCCCAGUGCUACAGAGGUGUUGGGAUUCGGUCAGACUGCCACCGGCUCGCCCAGCGGCCUACCUUUCCGAUUCUACGAGCAGUCCAGACGAGCGCCCAACGAUCCCACCGCAAGCCGAUCAGUGUUCGCUUCGGUCGACAAAGUACCAGGGUUUGCAGUGGCCCACUGUGUGCCCCAGCACAGCCCCUCACCACUCUCCUCCCCGUCGCCUCCCUCCAGUGGGAGUGGGAGCACAGGCAGAUGCGACUCUGUUACUGCAAGCACUACGUCAUUUCAGAGCCCAUCAGAUGACGGUGCAUAUUUGGAGCACACUCCAUCCUCGUCAGGCUGUGAAGGUGAAGGAGGAGGCGGAGAAGCUCCUCCUACCCCAUCAAACCCAGUCCCGGUCCCAGCCCUGGCACCGAGCCUCACGCCGGCCUCCCAGCCCACCAUCUCCCUGCUGACAGACAGCAGCGCAGACACCCUGAGUGUGGAGUCGCUCACACUGCUGCCCCCUGCCGACUCGCCACACCUGCAUCCGUGUGCCGCCGCCCACUCCCUACAGACACCAGACGCCUCCAUAAUGGAGGAUCAGAGAGAAGCUUAUAGGGAAAGAGAAGAGGAGCCGCAGGAGGAGGACGGGUCCCUGAUGGAUGAGACGGAGACGGAUGCCACAGUUAAAGAUGAAACUACUGAAACAACUGAGUUGAUCACUCCUACUGACGAAGGUCCCGAGGGAGCGGACCAGCAAGGCGACGACGCAUCUCUCGGGGCUGACAUGGAGAGCACAACAGCGACAGAGUCUGUGGAGGACACCGGGGGUGCAGAGAUGCACAAAGAACCACCAGACUCACCGGAACUGGAUUGAAAGGCCUCCAUACAUUCACAUUUAUACAUUCACACACUCAGAGAACGGUGUGGGUGGACUGUCCACUGCUGGCUGCAAUAUAUUUUCGUGUCACCGUCCAUGAGGGUGUUGGGGGUGUGAUGUAUGUACUCCCAGGAUCCAUCGGGAGGCAUCUCCUCAUUUGGCUUUGCACAUUAAGAGAGACUGUAUUUCCUCUGAGAGAGCAAAGACUCUGGUCAAAGCCCAGGAAGGCUCAAGCACAUUGUUUUCCGAGCACUCGGCUGUCCUGGUUAAAGUUUUACCAAGCGUGUAUCGAAGCGCGACACCAGCAGACGUUUUUUUUUUUUUUUUAUUCAUUCUGUUCAUCAUUUAUACACCACAUGCUACUGAUGUGAGCGGUUUCCCUACUUUUCUAUGACGUAUUUGAGUUUGCAUAAAAGGUUACCACUAAUUCUGGGCAGCAGUGUUUCACUACAGUGCUAACGCGUGACAUACACACACUGGUCUUUUCACGGCACCCUGAACCGGAUUAGCAAUGAUUUGUUUCUAUUACCUGUCUGGAAAGUGGUGUCAUGGAAGGGUUAGCAGCUGUUUCUCUUACGUGUGAUCACAUGGUGUCCAGCCUUCACUCCGUUUAUUUUUAGUUGCCUAUUUUUAGAGGUCAAUCCCUGAGCGUGAGCAUCAUUAACGUCAUGAAUGAUUGACAAAUAUAGUUGAUUAGAAAAGAAACAGUAUUUCAAUUCAUGCAGUAGUAGAGUAUUUAUUUAGUGUUUCAGUCUAGUAUUGCAGGUAAAAAGCGAAGUUUGUGAUUUAAAAAGAAAAAAAAUGGUUUAGUUUUCAUUGUUUCAUUCUUCAAAUAUCUGGGAUGGGGUUUAAAUGGAGGAACGCUGUUUAAAAUCCACUAGAUUUUUUUCUUACAUGUGACGACCACAUUGCUGAAAACGAUUUUGGGUAAAGCGUUUAUUGUUUUCUUAUCUUCUCUGGGUGACGGGUUUGGUCUAAACUUUAAAUUCUUGGCGCUGCGGGAUGAAAGACAAAAGAAGGAAAACGUUGUUUUGGUUUUUCUUCCUCAGAAUCCAUAUGCUAAAGUCAAGCUCUUUCUUAACUCCCCACAUUAAUCAGAUGAAUGAAACUUUACUUCUACAAUAACCUUAAAGCUAACCAAUAGGAGAAGAGAUGAAUGUAACGUUUAAUUUUUCUCUCCACACGGGAUUUUUCGAUUAUUCACAACUUGUGUUCCCAUUUGUUUUCGGAACAAAGCACACUUGGAUUGUGUAAAUCUCCCAUUUAUGCCUUUUACUUCCUGUUUAAUCCCACCUUUUCUCUUCUUCGACUCUUAAUUUUUAUUUUCUGCACCAUCAGAACACAAUUUUGGUCUUAAUGCUUUAUCAUUCUUAUUAUUUUGGACUAAAUCCAGAGCAAUACUCUCUUUUGUGGGUCUGUCUCUCGAUCUUGUCAUCCUGCUACUGUAAAUAGCAGCAGAAUGAUGGAGGGGGGACCACUAGCACACUGAAGAGGCAGUUUGUGGAGUUGAAGGGGGUUGGUUUAAGGAACAUGCUGUCAUGUGCCUAAAACCGCUGGAACCUACCAGAACAUGCCAUCAGCAGCCUCCAUUGUUACCUGAUUGUAGUGUGUGAGUGUAUGUGAUAUGUUUGUAUGCUCUGUAAAUGCUCUGUGCUUUUAAACUUGUAAGUAUUGUUAAUUAAUUAAAACAGAGGAAUAAAGAAAUGCAAUAAAUUAUUCUAAGUAA